UGCGAAUACGAAGUGCCCAUACCCGAGGGAUGCCGAAAUGUUAUCGGACAUUUCGACUUGGCUCAUUACGAUAAAUCGUUCGAUCAGGUGGAAUCGAUCAUCGGAUCAGUAACACUGAAGUCAAGCAAUGCGACGUCAUUCCCUAAGAUGAAAAAACUUCACGCAAUACGACAAAAGGAUAAAGGUCCCAUAAUAGUCAUCGAGGAUAAUCCAAGGCUUCGUGAGGUGACAGCACUGUAUCCUUUAAACCUAUACACCAAAAAUGAUGACGGCGCAGUUCGUGUUGAGAAGAAUCCCCAGCUAUGUGUUUCAUUUGCUGAAAUGGACCAAAUGUUCGUGCUGCAGUAUCUCGGCACAGUUGACAGAUGUAAAGCGUCAUCCAGAUUGGAAAUCACUGCAAAACAACAACUAUGGAUCAUCAUAGCUAUACUUGCCAUUAUAUUAUCAAAAACU